CUGAAAAUGUAGGAGAGAAAAAAUUAAGAUCUGAAACUCGUAAGUGCGAACAAAACUAAACAGAUUUUAAAUGAAAAUUUAACAAGGAAUAAUCCUCUAAAAGCAAAAUUAAUUUUACAUUUUAUUAAUCUCUUUUCAUUUUCUCUAUUUAAGGAAACAAACAGUGCAAUAAAUGGCUCCAGGAAAUCUCACAAAGGUGAAUGAGUUCAUUCUCAUGGGAAUCACAGGCCUUCCUGAGCUCCAGAUCCCCCUUUUCUUUGUCUUCCUGGUGAUCUAUGGGCUGACUGUGGUAGGGAACCUGGGCACCAUCAUCCUCACCAGUGUGGACUCAAGACUUCAAACCCCCAUGUAGUUUUUCCUUCAACACUUGGCUAUCACUAACCUUGGCAAUUCUACCACCAUUGCCCCUAAAAUGUUGCUCAACUUCUUGGCUAAGGAGAAAACCAUUUCAUACCACUUUUGUGCAGCUCAACUAGGAGGAUUCUUAGUUUUCAUGGUGGCUGAAGUUUUCAUACUGGCGGCAAUGGCCUAUGACCGCUAUGUGGCCAUUUGCAACCUCCUGCUCUACAUGGUGGUCGUAUCUUGGCAGGUCUGCCUUCUGCUAAUAUCCCUCAUAUACCUCUACAGUCUGACCAUAGCACUGACUGUCUCUGCCUGUGUGUUCUCUGUAUCAUAUUGUUCUUCUAAUGUAAUCAACCAUUUUUACUGUGAUAACGUCCCUUUGCUAGCAUUGUCCUGUUCUGAUACUUACAUUCCAGAAACAGCUGUGUUUACAUUUUCGGGUACCAAUCUGUUUUUCUCCAUGAUCGUUGUUCUAAUAUCCUACUUCUACAUUGUCCUCACCAUUUUGAGGAUACAAUCCUCAGAAGGGAGACAAAAAGCUUUUUCCACCUGUGCUUCUCACAUGAUGGCGGUCACUGUGUUCUAUGGGACCCUCCUUUUCAUGUAUUUGCAACCAAGGACCAAUCACUCACUAGAUACUGAUAAAAUGGCCUCAGUCUUUUACACCCUCGUGAUACCAAUGCUGAAUCCCCUCAUAUACAGCCUAAGGAACAAGGAUGUGAAGGAUGCACUGAAGAGAUUCCUGAAUAACCCAUGCCAAUCACUCAAACUAAUAUAAAUUAUAACUACAACUAUCUUCUUUUAAGAACCUUAAUUUGCUCCUGACAAAACUGCUAAGUGAAGAGGCAUUUUAAGUAGUUAAAAAACAAACAAUAAAAAAAACUAUUAAUUACGAUGGGAAAAAUACUAAUGCAUUUUUUUUCCAAUUCAAAGUACCAAUCUUCCUAGUUGGAAAAAUGCUUCAAUUAUACAAUGAAAACAAACUUACAUAAGUAAUAAACAACAAAUUGAAAAUAAAUAAAUACAUAUUAUAAAUAAAUUACAACUUGUUAAAAGGUUUGUGUCUUAUUCUCUGGAAAUAUGGUAUCUGCUGUUGUUAGAUGCCAUCAAGUCCAUUCCUACUCAUAGUGACAUUAUGUACAACAGAAGGAAACACUGCCUGGUCCUGAGCCAUCCUCAUGAUCAUUGUUUUGCUUUAGCCCAUUGUUGCAGCCACUGUGUCAAUCCAUCUCCUUGAGGGUCUUUGACAUAGGCACUGUAUUUGUUUGCAAAUGAGAAGAAAAAGCUACAAACAAAAGGUGUCUAAGUACCGCAAAUUGUUUUCAAUAACCUACAAUUUGGAGAAUGGGACCCACCCAGUGGUACCAGGAAAGAAAAGACCUUGCACUUUUCUUC